CCUCUCCCAAAUUCGAAAUGGAUAGCCGUUGCCUGUAACAAAGAAACCUGUGACUCGAAAAACACCUAAUUCCUCUGUUACAUUUCUUGCAAUCUUACCUGAUAGAAAGUUACAGGUUGAGACUUUGUUACCUAUAACAUUUCUCCCCCAAACACAAACUAUAAGAAAGUCACCCGUAAAUUUCUUACAUUUUACACGAGUACAGGAAUCCAUGGAUGGGAAUAAUUGGAGACCUGCUGCUCAAGGGGAAUCCAACGGCAUGGACGGUGGAGAUUGGCGGGCCCUUUUAUCCCCUGAUGCUCGACAGAAGAUCGUCAAUAAGAUAAUGGAAACUUUAAAGAAGCACUUACCAAUAUCUGGACCCGAGGGAUUAGUUGAGCUUCAAAAAAUUGCUGUAAGAUUUGAGGAAAAAAUUUAUACUGCUGCCACGAGCCAGUCAGAUUAUCUAAGGAAAAUAUCUAUGAAGAUGCUUACAAUGGAGAGUAAAUCUCAGCCUGCUGGUGCAACUAAUUCCUUGCCAUCAAAUUCUGCUGGUGGGAACCAAAACCCCUCAGAUCCAGCACUGCAUGGUAUGCAAUCGCAAGUGCGCAACCAAGGUCAGCCGUUAUCAAUGCCCUUGGCCAACCAAUCUCAAUCACGGCAGCAGCUUUUAACCCAGAACCUACCAAAUACUACAACACAAAGUUCUGCCGGCUUGCCGUCUGCUCUGUCAUCAAUGACAGGAAUAAAUCAGAACGCCAUAAACAACAUCGUCAGCCAGGUCUCCAACUUGCAAAACAUGUCUGGAAUUUCACAAAAUUCUGUAAGUAAUUCAGUGGGCCAGGGAGUACAAUCGAAUAUGUUUGCCAAUUCACAGAGGCAGCAGAUGCCGGGAAGACCGCAACAGGUUGCCUCCCAACAGCACCAGCAGCAGUCACAGGGUCAGCAGCAGUUAAUUUACCAGCAGCAGCUUCAGCAGCAGCUUUUGAAGCAGAAGAUGCAGCAGGGAAAUAUUCAGUCCAAUCUCUUGCCAUCACACAUGCAGCAGCAGCAACAACAACAGGCCCUUUUGCAGCCAAACCAAAUGCAGCCCUCCCAACAGUCCCUUAUGCAAAUAUCUUCUUCUGGUCUCACAUCAAGCCAGCCUACUCAGCAGACCCAACCUUCUUUAAUGCAGUCAACUCAGCCUGGCCUUCAACAGAAUCAACAGUCUUCUGUUCAACAGUCCGGACCAUCUGUACUCCAGCAACAGUCAGUCCUUAGGCAACAACAGCAAACAUCAAUUACUCAGCAGUCAAUCUUACCUUCACAGCAGCAACAACAGCUGACAGGGCAGCAAUCAAGUUCAGGAAACAUGCAACAGAAUCAGCUACUUGGGCAGCAAAACAGCAUCUCGGACAUAUCGCAGCAGCAGCAACAGAGGCUUCUUGGCCAGCAGAAUAAUCUUUCUAAUAUGCAGCAGCAGCAGCAGCAACCAUUACUAGGUCAGCAAAACAGCAUCGCAAGCUUACAUCAGCAGCAGCAGCCGCAGUUGGGCCCUCAAAGUAAUGUUUCUGCAUUGCAGCAGCAGCAGCAGCCGCAGUUGCUUGGACCUGGCUUGUCAAACUUGCAGCAGCAUCAACAUUCGAUGCAUAUGAUGCAACAUUCCAAGGUUUCAGCUCAGCAACAGCAAGCCCAGCCAACGUCAUCGACAUUGUUGCCAUCGCAAGGGCAGCAAUCACAAUCACAGCCACCACAGCAGCAACUCAUGUCUCAGCUUCAAUCUCAGCCAGCGCAGUUGCAGCAACAAUUGCAAUUGCAGCAGCAGCCGAAUUCAUUACAACGAGAAAUGCAGCAAAGGAUGCAAACACCAGGUUCUUUGCUCCCACCUCAGAAUGCAAUCGAGCAGCAGAAGCAAAUGUUUCAGUCACAAAGAGGGCUUCCGGAAGCUCCAUCAUCAUCAGUGGAUUCCACAGCACAGACAGGGCAUACAGGUGUUGUUGAUUGGCAAGAAGAUACCUAUCAGAAGAUUAAAUCCAUGAAGGAACUGUACUUCCUGGAACUGAAUGAAAUGCACCAGAAGAUCAACCUGAAAUUCCAGCAGCAUGAUGCACUCCUCCAACAGCCGAAGCAGCAAGAGCAAUUCGAGAGACUCAGAUAUUUUAAGAACCUAUUAGAGCGCAUGAUAACAUUCUUACAGUUGCCCAAAAGUAAUAUUCCAAUUGGUUUCAAGGAUAAGCUGCCUCAAUACGAGAAACAAAUCAUUGGCAUUCUCAGUUCUCACAGGCUAAAAAAACCUGGCAUGCCACAGCAGCAAGGGCAGCAACAACCACUCCAGCAGCCUGGUGGUCAAUCACACUCGAUGACGCAGCAGCUGCAAUCUCAGAUCCCACACUUACAGCAGCAUGACAACCAUGUAAACCAGAUGCAGCCGAUGAACUUACAGCCUUCUAGGACAUCGAUGCAGCCAGCUACUGCAACAGGUUUGCAGCAUGGAUCCAUGCCUUUAUCUACACAUUUAGGGGUUCCUACAACGCAGCAGGGCAUGAUGUCUCUUCAGCCCAGUUCAAAUCUGGACUCGACGUCUGGGAAUGCGAUGAGUGGCAUGAUUGGGUCACUGCAGCAGAACACUGUCAAUGCAGCUCAACAGGCUAACAUCAACACAUUGUCGCAGAGUGGUCAGAGUGCUUUGCAGCCUAAUAUGAAUCCCCUUCAACAAAGUUCUAAUAUGCUCCAGCACCAGCACCUGAAACAGGAACAACUAAUGCAAACACAACAACUAAAACAACAAUACCAGCAGCGACAGAUGCACCAACAGUUCAUGCAGCAGCAGCAGCAGCAGCCAUUGCAGCAGCAGCAGCAGCAGCAGCAACAACAACAACAACAACAAAAGCCACAGCAAUCUGUGCAAUUGCAGCCACACCAAAUGCCACAGCUUCAUCAGAUGAGUGAUGCCAACGAACUGAAGGUCAGACCAGGCACGGGUCUUAAACCGGUGAUGUUUCCUCAGCACCACCCAUCAAGCCAACGGCCAACAUAUCAUCAUCAGCAGCAGCAACUAAAGAUGGGAGCUCCUUUUCCUAUAUCUUCACCUCAAUUUUUUCAAGCCCAAUCGCCUCAAAUUUCUCAGCAUUCUUCUCCACAGAUUGACCAGCAGAGUUUGCUAACAUCUAUUCCGAAGUCUGCAACACCUAUGCAAUCUGCUAACUCACCCUUCAUCGUUCCUCCCUCUCCUUCCACGCCCUUAGCCCCAUCACCUUUACAAGGGGACCCUGAGAAACACCAGUCUUCUGGUAUUUCAUCGAUCUCGAAUGCUGGAAAUAUGGGACAUCAACAAACAGCCAUUGGGCCAACCCAAGCUCAAUCCCUUGCAAUUGGUACACCUGGCAUCUCAGCAUCCCCCUUGCUCGCUGAGUUCAGCAGCCCAGAUGGCAAUCAAGGCAGUGCACCCAUGGCUUUAUCUGGCAAGUCAAGUGCGACAGAGCGGCCACUGGAGCGUUUAAUUAAAGCGGUAAAAUCAAUGUCCCCAAAUGCGCUUUGUUCCUCUGUCAGUGACAUUGGCUCCGUUGUGAGUAUGGUCGACAGGAUAGCAGGAUCAGCACCUGGUAAUGGGUCUAGAGCUGCUGUGGGCGAGGACUUGGUGGCCAUGACAAAGUGCCGUCUGCAAGCAAGGAACUUCAUGUCACAAGAUGGAAGCGCUGCAACAAAGAAAAUGAGGCGCCAAACGAGUGCCAUGCCCUUAAAUGUGGUUUCGUCAGCUGGUAGUGUAAAUGACAGUUUCAAGCAGUUGGACAGUCUUGAGACAUCUGAAUUGGAGUCAACUGCAACAUCUAGGAUCAAGAGGCACAAGGUUGAGGCUAGCCACGCACUGCUGGAGGAGAUUAGGGAAAUAAACCAGAGGCUAAUUGAUACUGUGGUGGAGAUCAGCGAUGAGGAUGUUGACUUGAUUGCAGCCGAUGGUGAAGGGGCCAUCGUCAAAUGUUCCUAUAAUGCGGUGGCUCUCAGUCCAAACUUGAAGUCGCAGUAUGCUUCAGCACAAAUGUCCCCUGUGCUGCCGCUGCGAUUGAUCGUCCCUGCGAAUUAUCCAAACUGCUCUCCUGUGCUUUUAGACAAGUUUCCGGUUGAACUUAGUAAGGAGUUUGAAGACCUGUCAGUCAAGGCUAGGUUGAAGUUCAGUAUAUCACUCCGUGGCCUUUCGCAGCCCAUGUCAUUGGGGGAAAUGGCGAGGACUUGGGACAUCUGUGCCCGCAAGGUUGUCACUGAAUAUGCUCAACAGAAUGGAGGAGGCAGUUUCAGCUCAAGAUACGGUACGUGGGAGAAAUGUGUGAGCGCUUGAUCGUGGCCAUUGCUGGCAUGAAAAAAUACAGUCUGUGAUGGCAGCAUUGCCCAUUAGUGUCUGUGGUAAUGCAAUCCAAAGGAGGAUGCUGCAUUCUAGAUAGGCAAGAUAAGAUGUUGAGGCAGCCCAAAACCGUUCGGGACUGCAGUUUUAACCUACAAUAAAGCAUCUUGCACAGUUCAAUUGUGCAGGACGAGGGGGGGUUUUGAUGCAGCCUCCGUUCCAAACUGUUUUUUGUUGUUUUAGAUGCAUUUACAUGUGUGUCCAUCCUUAUUUGUUGUAUAGCAAUGUACGUUGGCUUUCUCCA